AUGGUGAUAGAGGUGAUAAGGUUGGAAGUUAAGCAGGAACAGGACUCAGGGAAAGGUUCUCACCGACAUGCCUUAGGUGUCUCAAGCAGCUCUGAUGAUAUAUCUCUCAGCCAGCAGGAACAGGAUAAACACAGGAACAGGUUGUUGGGUUUUAGAGCUUUAGUUCGUGGCUGUGUCUGCCUCCACCCACGCCUCCACCGCGCCUACGCUCUGCGCCCGCGCUCUGCACCUUGCGCUUAUGCUCUGCGUCCUGCGCCAGUGCUCUACGUCCUGCGCCCGCGCUCUGUACCUGCAUUCAGAGUUCGUGUGCGAUUUCCUCCCCACCUCCGUGUCUGCCCCACCGAACCCGGCCCACCGAGGCGCGAGAAUUGCAGUCGUCCCGGCUUCCUAGAGCGUCCGAGAGGAAGCGUCGCGGGGGCGGGGCGUCCACAGGCGCGGGGGCGGGGCUCCAGAGCUGGGGACACUUCCUGUCCGGGGCCGCGGCUCGGAGUCCGGCAGGUCUCAACUGUGCUACAUAUUCAAGAAGGCUUCUCUAGGAAGAUGGCAGACCUGGGGGAAGAACAGGAGUCACCUCCUGUUCCAUCCCCCAUCAAUUUUUCAUCACCUGGGAUAACUCCUGGACCUCAUCGCCAAAAGGCACAGCUCCACCUCCAUGAUCAUCAACAUGGAUUUCCAGUUUCCAAACCUGAUGUAAUUUCCUUGCUGCAGGAAGAGGAAGAAUUGUCUGGCUCAGAUUUUCAAGGAAUUCAAGAAACAGAGAUCUCAAGAGAUACCUGCACAGAUUCUGAGUCUGAGAUUGAAUUGUUAACUCCAAAGCAAGAAGUUUCCGAAGAAAGAAAAGAACAUGGAGGGGUGUUGAAAAGUCUCCUCAGGAAUGUUCCUCGAGGACCCAAGUUUGCAGAACCCUGUGAACGGGAGGACAGUUUAGAAAGGCAGAUGGGAAACUCUGCUGGGGGCAGAGAGAGGAUAUCCCUCUCCCAGAAGCGAGGUUCCUGGCACAUGACAGUCCUUCACCAGGAGGCUCCCCAAGUAGAGGGAAGCCCAGGAUGUGAUGAAUUUGGGGGAAGCUUUAGUCUGAAUUCAAGCUUUAUGACACGUCAGGGAGGCUCCAUAGGAGGGAAACCCCAUAAAUGUGACACCUGUGGUAAAUGCUUCAAGUAUAAUUCAUUACUUAUUAAACACCAGAGAAUUCACACUGGAGAGAAACCCUAUGAAUGCAGUGAUUGUGGGAAAUGCUUCAGAGGGUGGUCAGGCUUUAUUCAACAUCACAGAAUUCAUACUGGAGAGAAGCCUUAUGAAUGUAAUGAAUGUGGGAAAGCCUUCAGUCACAGUUCACAUUUUACUCAACACCUGAGAAUUCAUAAUGGAGAGAAGCCCUAUAAAUGUAAUGAAUGUGGGCAAGCUUUCAGCCAGAGCUCAAAUCUUAUUCGACACCAGAGACUUCACACUGGAGAGAAACCCUAUGAGUGUAGUGAAUGUGGGAAAGCUUUCAUUUGGAGCUCAGUGCUCAUUGAGCAUCAGAGAAUUCACACUGGGGAGAAACCCUAUGAAUGCAAUGAGUGUGGGAAAGCCUUCAGAGGGAGGUCACACUUCUUCCGACACCUGAGAACUCACACUGGAGAAAAGCCUUUUGAAUGCAAUGAAUGCGGGAAAGCCUUCGGUCAGAGCUCACAACUUAUUCAGCAUCAGAGAAUCCACUACAGAGAAUAACCACAGGAAUGUAUUGUAAUGAGUGUGGGGGACAGAUGAUAGAGCAGAGAAUCUACUUUGGGGCAAGAGCCCAUUAAAAAAAAAAUUAAGGUCCUAAUGAAAAGAUUCCUUGUCUGUCUAAUUCUCUUUGUGCAGCAACCUAGCCCAGUACCGCAUGCAGUGAUGAGGUAAUUAAUAAAUACUUGGUGAUUGGUGAUAAUAAAUUCUUGUUCAUAUAACUGUAUAAAACCCUUCAGUGACUGCUCCCUUAUACUGUUUACUGAAGGGUCACAAGAAAAGUAAAAACGGGAGCACACUGUCAAGAGGAAAAAUCAAAACUUGGGAAUAAGUGAGUAUUGGCUAAUUUCUUUGAAGAUCUCUAGGAUCAGAGGGCAUUAGAUGGAGAACAUUGGAUUUGGCUGAGAGGAGUUUGGGGUUAUAAUAAUUUAGGCAAUUCAGUCACCACCAGCAUUACAGAACUCUCACUUUGGGGGUAUUAAAGAGACAAGAUACAGGAUUCACAUCAUUGAGGUUGUCAGAAUUGAAGAGAAUGAAAAUAAAAAAAAUAUUCUUAUGUAGCCAGACAGACAAAGGGGACUUUGAAGAG